AUGUCUGCGGCUCUUGAUAUGACACUCGACGACAUCAUCAAGAACAACAAAAAAUCUGGAUCCGGUAACUCCAGAGGCCGAUCUAGACCCGCACCCGGUCCUGGACCCGCUCGCCGGGCUCCUAACCGCAUCUCCAACCGUUCCACACCUUACUCCGCUGCUAAGGCGCCGGAGACGACGUGGCAGCAUGAUUUAUAUGGAGAUCAGCAUGUGGGUGCGGGUAUUCCUGCUCAAGGUGGUCGUGCGCCUUCCAUAGAAACUGGAACCAAGCUUUAUAUCUCUAAUUUGGAUUACGGCGUUUCCAAUGAUGAUAUUAAGGAAUUGUUUUCUGAAGUUGGUGAUUUGAAACGACAAGGCGUUCAUUACGACAGGAGUGGCAGAUCGAAGGGUACUGCAGAAGUAGUCUUCUCACGGCGACAGGAUGCUGUUGCUGCUGUGAAGAGAUACAAUAAUGUUCAACUAGACGGGAAACCAAUGAAGAUAGAGAUUGUCGGAACAAACAUUUCUACACCUGGCGCAGCUCCUGCUGUAAAUGCCGCUAUUGGAAAUUUUAAUGGAAUUCCUCCAAGUGGUCAAGGAAGAGUUGGAGAUUUUCGAGGGCAGGGAGGAAGAGGUCAAGGCAUUCGAAGAAAUCGAGGACGUGGAAGAGGCAGCGGUGGAGGUCGUGGUGGUGGUCGUGGUGCCGGACGCGGUAGAGGCCGCGAUGAAAAGGUAUCUGCAGAAGAUCUUGAUGCUGAGCUGGAGAAGUAUCAUGCAGAGGCUAUGCAAAUAAACUAA